UGCAAUGCUCUAAAACAUAAAUGCCCUGCUGACAGGAAGUCUGCAAAAAAUGUAAAAAAGGCAAAAAGGGCAGAGGUCAAUUAUCUGCCACCCUACCCAGCUGGUGAAAAUGAGCAGAGCUUGGAGAAAGUAAGGGAAGAGCUGGUCACAGAGUCAAAAAAGAAGAACAACGAAAAUGUAGUCAAAGACCAAAUGAGCAAAACAUUUGCCCUCAGACGACAUGAAAUCAUCAAUCUGUGUCCAACUGUUCGAGCCAUGAAGGACCGCUGGCCUGCCCUGUUUGACCCUUCUCAAAUCAAUGCAGAAUUUCAAAGAACAACUACUGUACUUCUGGAACCGAAAUUUAUGUCUGCGUUAGACCGUCACACUCCCAAGCUACUGAUGCUAUUUCGUGCCAAAGGUGGAGCACUUGGAAGAAGACUGGAGAUCAUAAUGGAACUGCUGCAGGACUCAGUGCACUCUUCGAUUGAGAGGACCAGAGAGGUUGUUCUCCGGUGUCUUAUAGAAUACCUUGGAGAACAAGGGGGACAUCUCAUCAAAGAAUUCAACGACAAGGAGAACUUGGAGGAACUUGAACAGCUCAUAAUGGCCAUUACUGUGACACCAAAGCCUGGAGCUUCUACAAGCAACAGCCCAAAAAACAUUGGGAUCGUCAUAGAGGGCGUGGAAGUCAUCACAGGACUUGGAGAUAUUGCAAGGGCUUGCUCUCUCCUCCUUGGCUUGACCUACGCGCUGAAUCUUGAUUAUCCCACACAGCUAAAGUACACCUUUGAGGUCUUCCAAAAACUUUUCUUGGAACUGGAUGAUUCAAAGCUUUCAAGCAAAGUCCAGUCUCUCAAGAGCAAACUUCAGGCUUGAAAUGAGACUGUAUUGCUGUGCAGACUUUUGUGCUACACAAUGUUUAAAAGUGCUAUGUUUGUAAGUUUGCACUGAUUUGUCCCACGAAUGUCGUGACAUUUCAAUUGAUGUAAGUUCAAAGUACAAAUGUAUUUUAUUCUGUUCAAUUUGCACUUUUAUUAUUUAUGUUUUGGCACAUGCCAUUAUGGAGUAUUCUCCUUUUAAGAUCUUCAUUGCUCUUCUUUUUCUUUUCUUUUUUUAUAGUUUGAAGUCAGCAUUUUGGCCUUUUUCAAAUUUCUGGUUUCUAAUGCAUGAGCAAACUUCUGGCUUGAAAAUGAGACCGUAGUUGGAGAGUACAUGUUUUGCUACACAAUUUAGCAAAAAUUUGAAAGUCCUAUGUUUGAAAGUUAGCACUGAUUUGGACUCUUAUCCCAUGAAUGUCAGCGAGAUUUCUAUUUCAAGGUACAAAAUGUUUUUUUUUACUUCGUACAAAUUUCAAUUUUCUGCUUUUGUUUUGGUACAUACACGUCUGGAGGAUUUUUCUUUAAGAUCAAUAUUGAUUCAAUUUAGUGGCUAAGUGAGGUCAUAAAGCAUGCAAACUGGUUUAUGGACACAUCACCAUUCUGUGUCAUUUAUUUUUGUUUUUACAAAAUAGUUUAAAGUCAGCAUUCUCUCCUUUUUCAAAUGUCUGGUUUGAAAUGUAACUGUGGUUGCAGUGUUCAAUGGUGUACUGCAAUGUGUUUAAAGCACAGAAGUGAAUUAUUAAUAAAUUCUUGAGUAUUUAAAAUCUGUACUUUCUUGGCCAUAUUUAUAAGAAAGGAAUAUUUAGAUUUAAUUAAUUGCAUUGAUUAAAUUCAAAUCAGUGUGCAGAUUAAUGUAGAUGAUGAUUACUCAAUUAUGAUAUGUAGAAUCUAAUUAAUUCUUAUUAGUACUAUUUACACAUUAGGGAGUUUAUC